AUUUUCUCCAAGGGGCGGAGCGCCUAGAUCCUGAAACGUUCCAUGACACGUUCACUGCAAGGAUCGCGCUUUGUGAGCAAGAUAGACACGCGUCGCUUCCCGUAGCUUGUUGCCAAGGCCGGCAGCGUCUCUUAGCAACAGUUCAUUUCGCCCUCCUUUCGUUCUUCUCUGCUUUACUCCGUGUCUCGUUCUUUUUAUUUGCGCUGGAUCGGCUGCGUUAUGGCCUCAGGGCCCAGCGUUUUCCUCCUCAACGUGAGCGGCCAGAUAGAGAGCGCCGAGUUUCCAGAAUUUGAUGAUCUCUACUGCAAGUACAGCUUUGUGUAUGGUCACGACUGGGCACCCACCUCUGGGAUAGAAGAAGGGAUUUCUCAGAUCACAUCGAAGAGCCAAGGUGGAAAACAGACAUUGGUGUGGAAUUUCCCUGUUGAAAUAACAUUCAAAAGUACCAACCCGUAUGGCUGGCCUCAGAUCGUAAUCAGUGUGUAUGGCCCUGACGUCUUCGGGAAUGAUGUAGUGAGGGGCUACGGAGCAGUUCAUCUCCCAUUCACGCCAGGGAGACAUACAAGAACCAUCCCAAUGUUUGUCCCAGAGUCAUCAUCCCGGCUGCAGAGAUUCACCAGCUGGUUUAUGGGACGGCGCCCAGAAUUUACAGAUCCCAAAGUCGUUGCCCAAGGCGAAGGAAGAGAAGUUACCAGAGUCAGAUCCCAGGGAUGUGUGACUGUCUCCUUCAAUGUGGUCACCAAAGACCUGAAGAAACUGGGCUACAACACCGGCUCCAGCGACUUCCCCAGUGCUCAGCUAAUGCCCCAGCCUUAAAGGACCAGUGACAUCAAUUUUUUUAUUAAAAAAAAAAAAGACAUAUUAAACUUUUUAAAUCGCUAAGUCUUUAUUAAGAAAUAACUCCACUUGUGCUCCUCUUCAGAAAAGGCGAACGGCACUCGAUUUCUCCUCUGUGCUUUCCUUAUAGGAGAUAGCCUGGGAGGAGAAAUCGAGCGCCCCAUGAUGGAUCGUUGCUGUGUCGCCUUUUCUGAAGAGGAACACAAGCGGCGUUUCGGUAAGUUAUUUCUUAAUAAAGACUUAGCGAAUUAAAAGUUUAAUAUGUCUUUGUGUGUUUUUUUUGUUCUACACUAACAAAUUUUUUAAUAAAAUUAAUUGAUGUCACUGAUCCUUUAAAGAUCCUGCGGGUUGCCAUACUGCUCGAGACUGACCCCUUCAGGCAGUAGGUCUCUCUAUAGCUCCUGCAGGUUUCUAUUGAAACUAACAACACUGUGUUUUUUUAUGCUGUUAAUCAAUUUUUAAAACUAUUUUAUACCUUUUACACUUUUUUAAUAAUAUAUGAAAGUUGGAUAAUGUGCUGGUUUUGUCAGGGGCAGUUUGGAUUGCUAUGCUGCAGACUGUGAUGGAAGCCUGGUGUACUUCAGCAGCGGUUGGCUGCUGGGAGUGAGGGGUCCGCACAUAUCCCACUAGUGUCCUGGUUAUUCUAUUGCAAUAGGAAAGCCGGAACACUAGUGGGAUAUGCACACACAUACAGGCCAGUAUUGUUUACUCCACCUGGUGGUGUCAAGCUGUAACUGUGUUCUCCUGUAGGGGGAGCUGUAGUUCAAUAUCAAUAUGUGUCGGUUCACACGAAACACUUUUAUAAUCUGUAUUUAUCAUUUGUUAAAUGUUAAUGAUUAAAAAGUCUUCUUGCAUUUUUUUUUAAUUUAUUGUACCACAUGUGCCAUCCUUUCCAUUUAAAGGGGAACUAAAAUCAGCUUCCACGUGUUACAUAAUGAAAGCAAAUGUAGGGCUGAUAAACUUACCGUGCACAUUUCAUUAAACGUGUUCAAUGA